AUGAACAAAACGAACGUGCUGGACAAGAUUUCCUUUAAAUGCACCGAUCUCCAAACCUACGUGAUCACUAUAAAAGGCUACGAACAUUAUGAAAAUAUAGUGCUACCAAUUCUCAUCACUUUGAAUGCUAUCUCUUGCAUUGCGAUUGUUGCAAGCAAUGCUAUUGUUGUUUCCACAAUCGUAAAGACAACCUCUCUUCAUGCUCCUGCCAACUUCUUCAUUCUCGGUUUGGCCAUCUCUGAUCUGGGCGUUGGCUUAGUUGGCCAACCAUCAUUUAUUGUGCUCUUGUUUUAUGAACUGAAGAACGAAUUUCUUCGCUACUGUGAGGCUGACUACAUUUCAGUUGCUGCGUUCUGGAUUUUGGCUUUUGCUUCGCUGUUAACGCUUACAGCUCUGUCUGUAGAUCGUUUCUUGGCAGUUCAUUUCCAUCUCAGGUACAGAGAGUUAGUUUCAACACGACGUGUUUGUGUAGCUCUUGUACUUAUUUGGAUUUACAGCAUUGCUGGUUGGUCGAUAUACUCAUUUAUUGAACCCAACUUCAUAAUUGUGCAAGAUGUUGUGGGCUUCAUCGCGAUAAUUAUGAACUUCCUCAUAAUCAUUAAGGUGUUCAGAUGCGUCAAGCGACAUUCUCAACAGAUUCAAGUUCAACAGCAAAGUGCACAACAGUCCAUGAACGUAACAUUGAUGAAGAAAUCGGUCAAUCCGAUGUAUUACAUGUUUGGUGCAUUUAUCAUUUGUUAUUUUCCAUUAUAUGUCACUACCAUUAUCUUUGGGUAUACUGACGGAAGCGUCAUCGGCUUUAUCUCCAGUAAAGUAUAUAGAUCCCUUGUGCUUCUCAACAGUUUGAUCAACCCAAUGAUAUAUUACUGGCGAAUUAAAACACUUCGUAUAGCUUCUUCUSGUCUCCUUGCCAAGAUCUUUCUCUCCAAUAACCAGUAA